AUGACUCUCAAAUCAGCAAAAGAAAUCUGGGAUUAUCUGAAGGGAGAAUAUACAGGAGAUGAAAGAAUUCGAGGCAUGAAAGUGCUGAAUUUAAUAAGGGAAUUCGAGUUGCAGAAAAUGAAGGAAUCUGAGACUGUCAAAAAAUACUCAGAUCGGUUGCUUGGCAUUGUUAACAAGGCACAAGAGCAAAGGAUGCUUAUGAGGCAAGAUGGUAUGGUUGAAGGAGCCUUGGCAACCAACCACAAAACUCAAAGCAAGGGUAAUAAUGUAAAAAAAAAUUACCCACCUUGUCAGCACUGUGGCAAAAAAGGUCAUCCACCGUUCAAAUGUUGGAAGAGGCCAGAUGCAAAGUGCAAAAUUUACAACCAACUUGGUCAUGAAGUUGUAAUUUGCAAAGGCAAAUAUCAAAAGCAUGAAGCAGAUGCCCAAGUCGCCAAUGAAGAAGAAGAAGAAGAUCACUUGUUUGUGGCAACUAUUCUUUCAACUAAAAAAUCUGAUUUUUGGUUGAUUGACAGUGGUUGUACAAACCACAUGACAUAUGACAGAAAUCUUUUCAAAGAGUUCACGUCUAUAGGAAAUAAGAAAGUCAGAAUUGGAAAUGGUAAUUAUAUUCUUGCUAAAGGAAAAGGAACUGUUGCAAUCCCAACAAAUUCAGGUACUAAGAAAAUUUCACAUGUUCUUUAUGUUCCUGAUAUUGAUCAAAAUUUAUUAAGUGUUGUACAACUAAUGGAAAAAGGAUUUAACGUCUCCUUUGAAGAUAAAUAUUGUAUCAUUUAUGAUGCAACUGGACUUGAGAUUUUAAUUAAAAUGAGAGGUAAAAACUUCUCAUUUGAUCCAACCGAAGAUGAAGAAUGGAGCCCAAAGAAUCUACAAAGUGCAGAUAAUCCUCCAAAAGAGGACAUAUGUGAAAAUGAGACAAAGAAGUUGCCAAUAUUUCAGAAAAACAAAAUUUGGAAGAAAGUUUACAAGCCUCAAGGCAAAAUGCAAAUGUGGAAGAAAGUUGACAAGCCUCAAGUCAAAAUGAAGCCGAAAAAAGAGCCAACUUAUUUCAUUGACAAUCAUGAGAUGCAGCAAAAUAGAAAAUUGAACUCAAUUUACUACAAGUCCAAAGAUCAGUUGGCAGAUUUACAUACAAAGUCGCUUUCAGUUAAAGGUUUACAAGGCACAAAUUCAGAAUUUGCAGCUUCAAAAGCAAGGAGGAGUGUUAGAAAUAUGCUUUAG